UCUGUCGAUUACUAAUCCUUGUUAAUUUCCGUAUAGCAAUGAUGAUCACCUUCAUUGUGACACUUUCCUUGGUUUGUGCUCUAUCCUCUAGUAAUGACGGACUGAAGGUCCGAGCUCUGUCAUUUGGUCGAACAAGCGCAGACUAUGUACAAUUCCAACCUGGUGAUAUGUCUCCGUUCUCUACUUCCUUUACCAUAUGCUCAUGGAUGAAGAGACUUCAUGAUGCGAGUUAUCCAAUAGUGUUGAAUUACAAUCCAGGACAUGUCAUCGUCGGAGGCGACGGAUAUUGGAAUAGUGCUAUUAAAAGUUACCUAAAUGUAAGAGGAAGAUACGCAGGAUUUAAACAGUGGUUCCAUUACUGUUUAUCGAUUGUGGCUCGAGGUACACUGAGAGUGUACGUGAACGGUGCACAAUCAGACAGCACAUCAGCUUCAACUAGCUGGCUUACAAUGGGAGGGACCAUCACUUUAGGGAACUCUGAGUCUAUGAGUACAGGUUACAUAUUCGGUGGACAGUUACACAAGCUGAACUGGUAUUCUGAAGAACUGACCUCCUCCCAGAUUAGAGAGAUGUAUGAAGCUGGUUUGUGUUCUACUGUAGAGGAGGAGUAUAGCAGCAGGGAGAUAAAAUGGGAGCUGAUUCUGACGAAACAGAGAUACGGUAAUGUUACAGAGUUUCUCCCAACAGAAUGUGGAGUAGACCGCAAGACCAAGCUGGAGGAAACUGAUGUUAAACAUGCCACCAUUGAGCAGAAACUACAAGAAGUGACUGAAACUCUUAACGACACUCUAACAGAACUGAAUGGGACAAAAGCAGAGUGUAGGGAAUCAAAGAUUGUGCUCCAGGAAAAAGAAACCAAGCUUAACAGAACCGAACAGAAACUACAAGAAGUGACUGAAACUCUUAACGACACUGUAGCAGAACUCAAUGGGACCAAGGCUGAGUGUAGGGAAUCAAAGAUUGUGCUCCAGGAAAAAGAAACCAAGCUUAACAGAACCGAACAGAAACUACAAGAAGUGACUGAAACUCUUAACGACACUCUUUUGGAGGCUAGAAGUCUUGAAACUGUAAGUAGAUGGGACGUUCUGUUCACUCCCCCUUACCUGAAUAAGCUCUUUACACGGCAGCUCUACAAUCAACUGAUCGACUGGGUCAUGAUGGAGGAUUUCAUUGGGGUGAACGUUACAGUGGGACUGGUGGAGCAUUUCAAACAACACCACGAGGAACAAGAGGACCAUGAAACUUGCGACGAGGACUGAACAACAACUACUGUUAUCUACUAUUGAAGUUUUAAUUAAGUGCAUAAUACACUGUAACAUUUGUCAUUGGGCCCUGUAAUCGUCUGUAAUCAUCUGCAAUCAACAUUUUAGCUGUAAUAUUAAUAUUACUAAUAUACUGUUAUCAGCUAUUAACUAUCAACUAAUAUUAUUCUAUGUGACUGUAUUAAACUGUACUGACUUAAUAAGACGUAAACAUUUAUUAUGAUAAUUACGAUUUACAAAUUAUUAAAAUCUUUGAUUUUAA